AUGGCACAACCAGUACAACAGAGGGGGAGGUCGUUUGGAGCAGAGAAGAACAAAAUAAUCGAGCAAGAGGUGGCAAAGUUGAUGAAAGCUGGGUAUGUUUCUGAAGUACAAUAUAUGGAAUGGCUUUCUAAUGUGGUUCUUAUUCCGAAGGCGUCGAGAAAAUGGAGGAUGUGCACAAUUUUCACUGACUUGAAGAAAGCGUGUCCAAAGGAUCUUUACCCGCUGUCCAGAAUUGAUGUUAUGGUUGACUCAACUGCAGGUUUUGAGAUGUUCUCUAUGAUGGAUGCCUAUCAAGGGUACCAUCAGAUUUACAUGGCUAAGGAGGAUCGCGAGAAGACAUCCUUUAUUACUCAGGCAGGUAUUUAUUGCUAUAACGUUAUGCCUUUCGGUUUGAAGAUUGCAGGGGCAACUUAUCAGCAAUUUGUGAAUAGGAUGUUUGACGAGCUCAUUGGUAAGACCAUGGAAGUGUACGUUGAUGACAUGCUGGUCAAGAGCAAAAGGUCGCAAGAUCAUCUAGAACAUCUCGAGCAGACCUUCAGAAUCAUGAGGUCGUAUGGAAUAAAGCUGAAUCCGGAUAAGUGCACGUUUGGUGUAAGUGGAGAAAAGUUUUUGGGAUACAUUGUCAGCGAACAUGUCAAAGUGCUAGUGCGGGACGAAGAAGGACACCAGAGCCCCGUAUAUUAUGUCAGCAAAAUGUUACAAGGGGCAGAGUUGAGAUACUUGGAGAUGGAAAAAUUGGUGCUCACACUAGUUACCACAGCUCGCAAGUUGCGACCAUAUUUUCAAUCGCAUAGGGUAGUGGUGUUAACAAACCAUCCUUUGAAGUAUGUGAUGUCUCGACCAGAAGCGUCUGGAAGGUUAAUCAAAUGGGGAGUUGAAUUAGGGCAAUAUGACAUUGAUUAUCAGCCCAGAACAGCACAGAAGGCGGAGCUAUUAGCCGAUUUUGUAAUAGAGUUAUCCAGCGAUCCCGAGGAGCAGAAUUGCAAAUGGAUGCUGCAUGUAGAUGGAUCCUCAAAUGCCAAUAAUGGGGGUGCUGGAAUAUUAAUUCAAGUACCAAAGGAAGUUGACAUCGAAGUUAUAGCUAGCCUAUCUUUCCCAAUUACUAAUAGUGAGGCUGAAUAUGAAGCGCUAAUUCUGGGACUGGAACUUGUGUAUGAAGCUGGAGCCAGGGAUUUAGAAGUAUUCACCGAAUCUCAGCAGGUGCCCAAGGCUGAAAAUGACAAGGCAGAUGCGCUGUCUAUAUUCGGAGCAGUGAUGUCAGGGAUCAAGGAUUACGAAAUUGUGAAGUAUCUCGAGGAUGGCACCUUGCCUGAUGAUCCUGUUAAGGCAAAGAGAGUGAGAUUUCGAGCUGCACGGUUCACCUUAUUAUUUGGACAGUUGUAUAAGCGAACGGUUGAUGGACCACUACUGAAGUGCUUGGAUGGAGAAAAAGCUGCAUAUGUUAUGCGGGAGAUUCAUGAAGGAAGCUACGGAAAUCAUUCAGAAAUUGGUGAAGAGUCCCAAUGGGUCGUGAUGUACGACCCCAAGUCCAAUCAAAACGAACGGAGCUUUGAUCUUACUGUGAUAGAAGAGAAAAGGGAUGCUGCGUACGCCAAGAUUCUGCAUCACAAGGGGCUGAUGAUAAAAAGCCAUGAUCAAAAGAUUCGACCAAGGCAGCUGCAAGUGGGUGAUUUAGUGCUAAAAAAAGUAGAUGUGUCAAAGCAUGUGGGUAAGCUGGAUGCCUCUUAA